UAUAUUUUAGGGAAGAUUACCACAUUGUAGCUAAAGCAGACACAAAUAACGUCGCUUAUUUAUCGAGUCCUUUACAACUUCACACCGAUUUACCUUAUUACGAUUACAAACCUGGGGUGAAUAUGUUACAUUGUAUAGUUCAAACUAAAAAUAAAGGGGGAGAGAAUUUAUUAUCAGACGGCUUUUACGUAGCUGAGUUGCUCAGAAAAGAAAAUAAAGAAGCUUUCGAUCUGUUAAGUCAAACGGAAGUGAAUUGGUCCGAUAUCGGUGAAGAGGACGGUGUUAGAUUUUAUAAAAUACACCGAGCGCCAGUUAUUUCUUUAGAUAAAUACGGAAACGUUUCAUCGAUAAGACAUUCAAUUCCCCAAAGAGAUUCUCAUUUCACCGUUAAUUUAAGCAACGUUAAACCAUGGUACAGAGCUUUAAAAGUAUUCAUCACCAAGUUAUACGAAAGCGCGGCCGAAUUCAAAACGGAACCGGGCGACAUCCUAGCCUUCGAUAACACGAGAUUAGUCCAUGGAAGAAUCGGGUACGAAGACACCACAAACAUCAAACGAUUUUUAGUUGGUUAUUUCGUCGAUUGGGAUGAAAUUUAUUGCAAAAUGAGAGUUUUAAAAACACAACUCGGACUUUAAUUGUAUUAUUAACCACAUUUUUAAUUCAAUUUUAUUAAGUUUUAUAAAUAAAUCUUUUUAAUUAAGACUUAA